AUGACAUUCAAGACUGCGUCCAGAGAGUUUUACUACAUUCAAAUGGAGAAGUACGCACGUCAGGCCAUAAGCGAAGGUCUGAAGACGGCUGAUGACAUCCACGUUGCUGGAGACUCCGAGCUGUACAGGGUUCUCAACCUACAUUACAACAGAAAUAACCACAUUGAAGUUCCACCAAACUUCAGAUACGUGGUCGAGCAGACUCUCCGGGAGUUCUUCCGCGCCAUACAAGGCGGGAAGGACGCCGAACAGAGCUGGAAGAAAUCCAUCUACAAAGUCAUCUCGCGACUUGACGACCCCGUGCCGGAGUACUUCAAGUCGCCAAACUUCCUUGAGCAGUUGGAAUGA